AUGCCUAGCACCCAGAGUAGUAGCUCAGAGAAUUUUCUCAAGGGGAGUCAGACAAUGAGAAAGAUCAUCCCAGCUAAUAAUAGCAGAAUAUACUACUUCACCACUUCCCAGCUCCUGGCUUUGGAGCGCAAGUUCCGCCAGAAACAGUACCUGUCCAUUGCUGAGCGUGCUGAGUUCUCUAGCUCUCUGAACCUCACUGAGACCCAGGUCAAAAUCUGGUUCCAGAACCGAAGGGCGAAGGCUAAGAGACUACAGGAGGCCGAAUUGGAAAAGCUGAAAAUGGCUGCAAAACCUAUGCUGCCCUCCGGCUUCAGUUUCCCUUUCCCCAUCAACUCGCCCCUGCAAGCAGCAUCCAUCUACGGAGCCUCCUACCCCUUCCAUAGACCUGUGCUCCCCAUUCCGCCCUUCGGACUCUACGCGACGCCGGUUGGAUAUGGCAUGUACCACUUAUCCUAA